ACAGCAGGCGCCUGCAGCUUCUUUUCUCUAUCCUCUUCGUUCCCCUUUCUUUCCUUUCUUCCUCCUCUUCUUCUUCUUCUUCAACCACCCAGGUGCUCCCCCUGGUGAAUGCUGGUACCUUACGGUGAGGUUAAUAUAUAUAUAAUUUGUUUUUAACCGCCGAUUCGAACCGAAUCAAUUGCAAAUCCUCCCAUCGAUUCCAAAUCAAUCCUCUGAGAUCGUCGCAGCCACGCUCCCACACCUAUAUCUCGACUUCGCAUAUCGCCGCCGGCCUCCCUCCCCACCUCGCAGUCGGGCGCGCACAAUACUAUCCGUGUUUCUUUGAAAUUUCAGCAAGGGAGAACAAGAUGGGUUGGAAGGCAGCACAAAAAAUAAUUCAGACUUGGAAAAUCCUCAGAGGUGAUAAUGUAAUGAUAAUUAGGGGAAAGGAUAAAGGCGAAACUGGAAUUAUCAAACGUGUAUUCCGCUCCCAAAAUCGAGUCAUUGUUGGGGGAAAGAAUUUGGUGAAAAAGCAUGUGAAGCAGACACAGGGCAAUGCAGGUGGGAUUUUCACAAUGGAAGCCCCUCUCCAUGUCUCGAAUGUUCAAAUUGUAGAUCCGGUCACCGGGAAUCCCUGCAAGGUUGGAACUAAAUACUUGGAAGAUGGCACCAAGGUGCGCGUAUCUAGAGGAAUCGGAUCAUCAGGAUCGAUCAUACCUCGCCCGGAGAUAUUGAAGCUGAGGAGGCAUCCCAGGCCUAACUAUGUUGGUCCUAAGGACACUCCAAUGGAUGUCGUUCUGGAGAAGACUUACGAUGCUAAAACCGGUAUGGGAAUGCCGGAUCUCUGAAACAACUUUACCCGGAAAAGCUAAAGCUUCUCGACAUUUGCUUGCUCUACGACAUUUUUCUGAUUUUUGUCGGUUAGUGUUAGAUAGGUUCUUUAUGGCUUUCAUAUUGCAUCUAUCUAACUUUAUCGCCUAUUUUAAAGAUGGACUUAGCCUCCUAAUAAUAGGUGAAACUGCAUAAUGAUCAUCAAGAAAUCAGAUUUAAAAACAUUACAUUA